UUCCCGAAGCCGGGGCAGCGCACUGCAUGCCGGUAUUUGUAGUUCGAUAGGCCAUGUUACCUAUUAGUAUUGUCUACGCUAGGACUACAUUUCCCAGCAGAUCUCUCAGACUGACAGCCCAUUCAACAAAGAUGGCAGCUCCCAGGUAGCAGACCUAGUACUUUGUAUUAUUUCUGUCCGCUUGGCCGAGUUGCUGGCAGGUUUACUCCACUCAAUCAGAAAUGUUUGGGGAUCUGUUUGAAGAAGACGAAGACUUCUCAUUCCUUUCAAGCAGUACAGCCACCAGUAAAACCAAAUCCAAAGAUUCAGAAAUACUGGAACCAAGGGGAGAAACUAGACUAAGUGGCCUCAGGAACCAAGGAAGCACCUGUUACCUUAAUUCCUUGUUGCAGACUUUACUUUUCACUCCAGAAUUUCGAGAAGCCCUGUUUGCAUUGAGCACAGAAGAGCUUGGAACUCUAGAUGAGAAAGAUGUCCCUGAUUCCAAGGUUCGAAUCAUUCCACUGCAGUUGCAGCGACUGUUUGCACAACUCCUCCUGGUGGAUCAGCAGGCGGCAUCAACCUCCGACCUUACAAGUAGCUUUGGCUGGGAUAAUAAUGAGCAAACUGGCCAGCAUGAUGUCCAGGAGUUAAACCGCAUUUUGUUUAGUGCCUUGGAAAGCUCUCUGGAGGGCACUUCUGGCCAUGAUCUCAUCAAGAACUUAUAUCAUGGAACUAUUGUUAACCGUAUCCAGUGCCAGGAAUGUGGACAUGUCAGUGAGCGGCAGGAAGAUUUCCUUGAUCUUACAGUAGCUGUGAAAGACAUGGGCAGUUUAGAGGAGUCCUUAUGCAGCAUGUAUGUGGAAGAAGAAAUCUUUGAUGGAGACAACCUGUAUCGAUGUGGAUCCUGUAACAAACUAGUCCCAGCUGCCAAGUCCGCCAAACUGAGAAAAUUACCUCCUUUCCUCACAAUUUCUCUUCUGAGGUUCAACUUUGACUUCACAAAGUGUGAGCGGUAUAAAGAGACUUCACGAUACACUUUUCCUACGCGCCUCAACAUCCGCCCAUUUUGUGAGCAGAAUCAUUUGGAGGAUUCAGUGCAGACGUAUGAGCUUUUUUCAGUAAUCAUACACAAGGGCGGAUGUUAUGGAGGCCAUUAUCAUGUAUACAUCCGGGACGUAGAUGAGCUGGGACACUGGAGUUUUCAGGAAGAGAAAAAAAGCAGAGAAGCAGGCGACAUGGGGGAUGAACAAGACUGUCCUGCUGUUAUUCUUGCUACCAUUAUUGCAGAGGCUGGUGUUGAUAAAAUGGUUCCCAUGGAUCAACUGAGUCAAAAGCUGCUGGAGCACACAGGAUUUUCCUGGAAUAGGGCUUAUAGGAAGCAGCAUGGAGCCCUCCGGAAGUUCCUGCAGAACCAUACCUCCAUUUUUCAGCUGAGCUCAGAUGGUUCUAUGGUUGGUUUGGCUCAUUCAGUGAACGGCACUGAUCCGCAGUGUUGUAAGCCAAGUAAUACAGGAAAAAUGGCCCCUCCACAAAGAAGUUGUAGUCACUGGUUCGACUUCAAUGACUCUGCAGUGCAGUGCAUCCAUGAAAAGGGCAUUGAGAAACAGUUUCAGGGAAAGGAGAGUGCGUAUAUGCUAUUCUACCGCAAAAGCCAACUAAAGAGACCACAGGAAGCUAAAGGCAAUGCUUGGUAUGGAGUCCCUGAAUACCUCCUACACCAGAUGGAUCAACUUAAUGAGGAGCUUCAGCAGAAAAGAUUGGAGUCUGACAGGAAAGCCAAUUGCAUGAACCUGCGCCUCCACUUGUCGUCUUGCUACCGUUUGAAUAAUGGUGCUCUGCAUCCAGUGACUUCCCAAGGAGAUGCUACUCUUGAUAUCAGUGUGGACCAGCGGGGGACUGUUGGGGACUUGAGGCAAACCGUUUUCCAGCUUUUAGAUCCAUCAGUAGAAGGACAUGUUCUGAGCAUUGCAAAACUUCUACCUGCAGGAUUGCAUGUCUUCCAGGACCUUUGUGAUGCUGAGCAAAAUCUCGUGAGUGUUGGAGUGCACGAUGGAUGUGAUAUAUUUGUUUGGAAUGGAAAGCAGGUUGGCGGUCUGUGUGUGCAGAGCGGAGCCGACUGUGCUCCUCUUCUUCUAACAAUCAUGCGUCCAUGUCAAACCGAAAGCAGCAGUUGCUCGCAGAAGUACUCGGAAUGUCAGAGAGUUUUCCCGUCCAACUUUCAGUUGAGAGACCUGCAGCAGACAUUGGCCGGUAGCCCCUCAAAAGAGUCAUUGUUGUGCUCCCCUUCCACAGAAACCAGUGAGGGGUGGAGUGUUUUUGCCAUGGAAGAUAUGAACAAAACCCUCAAAAUGUUGGGCCUCCGAGAUGGAAGCUCCCUUCUUCUACUAGAUUCCCAUGAAGAGGGAGAAAUGGUUCUUGCUGCGGGAAAAGAGAUGGCUGUUGACCCGAGCUUAUACUACAUCCAAGUCCAGGACUGGUACAGUACAGGAUGUGAGAAGAGAAUCGUUCAGAUUACUGCAGACCCUGAUUCUACCAUGUUAAGUCUCCGCAGAAAAGCAGCUGAACUGUUGGGGCUAGAAGGGGAAUGCGGCGAAGCCUGCCUGAGACCUGUGCAUAAAAGCGGAAAGCUGCUCCCACCGGUUUCUGAGCACAGCACAGUGCAGGAGGCUGACAUUAAAGCUGGGAGAAUUUUGGGUCUGUGUAGAGGCAGAGCACCCAACCCUUCCGAGGUCUUUCUCUCAUUUGUUCUCGCAACUGAUCUUCAGGAAGGACAGGAGCAAGACAUUAUCCUGGAUGAAACCGUGACCGUGAAGGAGUGCUUGGAUCAAAUGCUGCAGAAAGCCGGCUUACCAAGUGAUGCUGGUUGGCACCUAAGAAGGAUGGACUGGUGCUAUGAAGCUGGAGAUGCUCUGACUGAAGAGGACUCUUCAUUGAAAGAUUUAAAAAUUCGGUCCGGGGACAUUUUUGUUAUAACAGAAGGAAGACUUCCGCCCAAGGGCUUCCUGAAGUUAGGAAUAUGGCUGUACUGUACGAAGACGCAGCAAAAUUCCAUGAAUCAUGUCGUGUCUCAUCCAGCCGCACUGCUGAUACACCCAUCUGGAGAGAAUUCUCUACAGGCAGAUGUGGAGUCUGAGUUCUGCUUUGUGUGCCACAUAGAAAUAUCCAAAGAUGCUUCACUACAAGACCUUAAAUUUCAGAUUAUGACGUUAACAGUUUUUGAUGCUCUUGGGAUUCCUUCUCCUGAGUACCUUCGUGUCUGGACCUUGGACAACAAGGGUUUAGGAAAAUUGCUCCGGCUAAAUCACGUGCAAAUCAGUGACUGCAAACUAGGUUCUAACACAACACUUUGUGUGGAGCCGCUGCAGGUGGAGGAGAUUCUCGGACCUCAAGAUAUACUUCUGCGGAUUCAACUUUCCGUCCCAGGGGAGUGUCGAUACUUCCCACCUGUGGACAUCGCUUGGAAUAUUUCUAAUGGAUGCACAGCAUCUGCUCUGCGUCAGAAGAUUGCCACCCAUUGCUCUUUGCCCGUGGACAAAGUUGAGAUUGCAAAGUACUUUCCAGAUAAACAUGAAUGGCUUCCGAUAUCCAGCUGGACUCAGCAAGUUUCUAAGAAAAAGAAGAAAAAGAAAGCCGAUAACCUGCAGGUGGCGCCAUAUAACCUAAAAGAUGGUGACAUUAUUGGGGUUAAGAACCUUUUCUUAGAUGACAGAGUGGACUUCAGCUCAGAAGCAGAUUUUAUUGCUAAGGAAAAGCAAAGACAGAUUGCAGAGGACAAGAAGAAGAGUUCAGCACUUUGCAGUGAAAAAGUUCGUCCAAGUGUGCGGAAGACGGAAGCAUCUCUAUCCAUCCGAGUGGGAGUAUUCAGAUAACAAAGACUUGCUCCAGAGCUUGGGGCAAACAGUCUGGGAUACGGUUUCCCUUUUUCUCAGGGAUAGACAUACACUGUCAGUGGAAGGCAGUGUGAUUUGUGGUAUCUAGGUCUCUCUUCCCCUGGAGGUCGUGAUCUCUAUUUGCUGUAGACCAGUGCUUGUCACAGAACUCUUCUGCAAACCGUCAGGGACAUUUUUUUCCUCUGUGGAUGUGCCUUCUCUUUUCUCAUCAUCUCCAAAUUACUUGUCACGGUUCUUGUCCGGUUGCUGCUCUUGGGUGAAAAGAGAAAAGCACAUUGCUGUAUUCAUCAGCUCUCAUUCACUGUGGCUUCUCGUGAUGGUUCCAUUCAUUCUAGGUUUGCUCGGUGAAGGUUUACAUUCCUGCUGGGGGGAAUAAGCUGCUCUUAAUCGUGGUAAACUGCACCCUGUUAUUGGAUUGGAAUUUUAAGGGCUUGUUAAGACACUUGCAGGCUUGGAGAUCUUGUUGCAUAGGGUAGGUAACAUGUAAAACGAGUCGUCUUUUACAGCGCAGCUGAUAUCUGUUGGUUUUAUAAGUCACCCAUAAGAAUUUCCUUAAUGUGCCUUUAUCUGGUUAGCUGUCCCUUCCACCCUGCUGCAGACAUUAGUGACCUGUCUUUGUCAGAUUGCUACCAUGUUGUACUAUUCUGUGUCCCACAGAAGGUUUAUGAAAAAGAGACAAUCUAAAAAACUGUUAUUUCUGUAUUAUGGGAUUGAUGCGGAUAAUAGCACUGAUGAUAUGCAGGUUGAGUGUUUCCUCGUGUAAGACUCGUUAGGGUUCUGAAAUGGUGGAUUUUGAGCUUAUUGGUUCCCAAAGUAGAAGCCUUUUUCAGACUCCUCUCACUACAUUAAAUGGAAUCUGUCAGCAGAUUUGUACCUAUGACACUGGCUGACCUGUUACAUGUGCACUUGGCAGCUGAAGGCAUCUGUGUUUGUCCCAUGUUCAUAUGUGUCCGCAUUGCUGAGAAAAAAUAUUUUUUAUUAUAUGCAAAUGAGCCUCUUGGAGCAACGGGGGCGUUACUAUUACACCUAAAGGCUCUGCUCUCUCUGCAACUGCCGAGCCCUCUGCACUUUGAUUGACAGGACUAGGCAGUGGAAACAUCAUCACAUCUGACCCUGUCAAUCACAGUGGAGAGGACUCAGCAGUUGCAGAGAUAGAGCCUCUAGGUGUAACGGUAACGCCCCCAUUGCUCCAAGAGGCUCAUUUGCAUUUAUUUAAACACCA